AUUUACUGUGAAAUGUGUAUUGAAUCUGAAUUGUUUGUUUACACUUUAAUAUAACCUAAAAAUAUAUUCAAAACUGAUUGAAAUAUAAAUGAUAAUGAGUAAUCAUAGAUAUGUGUUCAGUGAAGAAUCUGUAUCAUCGAUUGCAGCGUUCAAAGAAGCAGUGUCAAAGAACAAUCAUCAUUCAAAACUUGCCGGAAAAUGGAAUCAUAUUUUACCUCAGAAUGAAGAGUUAUUAAAGAGGAUUGAAGUAAACAAAAAGGAUUUUGUUAUUAACUUAGAAGAGUCUAAUCAAUCAACAAUAGUUUCUACAGUGAGCAUCAAGCCUAUAAUCAAUGAAUCAAACACUAGCAAUGUUGAAUAUCACUUAAAUAUUUUGAUGCAACAAUUGAAGCAUUUAGAUUUGAUUCCGGAUCAAACUUUCACUGAGAUCCAAAGUAAUUUAACAAAUAACCAAAUGGAAGAGUUAUUCCAAUUACUGUCAAGGAGUGUGCAUAUUGAGGAUAUCCAUAAAUUGGGAAAAUCUGUAGCCAAAUGUGUGAAUGCUAAUGAUUUAUGUGUAUUAUAUAGUAACAUAAUAUUUGUGAAGUUGAGUGAAGAACAAUCUGAUAAGAUCACUGAGGUUCUUUUGUUGCUCUUAGAGUCAUAUCCAGUCAUCAUCAAUGUCCAAUUAUCUAAAUAUUUGGUGAAUCUCAAGGAAGAAUGUCCACGCGCUCUGCAAGAGAAUUUGAAAUAUCUAAAGGCUUCGCAUAAACAGGCACUUUUACGAGAAUUCAUCCAGAAUUGCUCGAAACUGGAGGUGGCGCAUUUCCCGCUCUGCGAGUUACUAAUUAACGAGCAAUUGGAUCAGGGUGCAGUGAAGAAGUUCGUCAAUAUGUUGACUAAAUCUUCAAUGGAAUACAACGGCGAUAAGAAUUUUGGAAAAUUACUGCUGCAAGUUAUUGUGAAAGUCGGAAAUAUUGUUAAGUAUUUCGAGGACGAUUUCAGGUCUAUAAUAAAGAAUCACAGAAGCCCAUGGAAAGUGAAAUUAACGAAAACAUUUGAGAAUGCUAUCAACAGUUUUGACAGCGUCAACGAAACCAUGCACUUUUGAUUCGAUAAUGAAAGAAAUACAUGAUUUUCAAGAAUCUAUUGCAUUUAUUUACUCAGAAUGUCUACAUAGAACUCUACUUGUAAUUAUAAUUUAGAAUGGAGUGUUGAACCCACUGGGACGAAGAGGAUUUACUAAUAUCUAAACAGUUUGGACAAAUAUUGGAAAUACAUAUCAUGUCACAAAAUGGCUGUAAAAUAAGAAGAAACAUAAUAUAAAAAUACAUAUUUUUGAGAU